AUGUUUCCCACUAUUACCAAAGCACUUGGCAUUGACACCUCCAAGACUUACAUGCAGAUUCAGAAUACCAUUACCAACAUGGAUCAAAUGCCUGACGGACACGACAUCCGCAGCUACUCAUCUUCGUCCCGUGAAGAGCUUCUCUCAGCCGGCGCAGUCAAUAUCUUCAAUGGUCAUGGCGAAAAUUCCAUCGCUACGGUGCCCAAAUUAGCCUUGGUUGUUGUCUCUUCCACAUUUCGCAAAUACUUGACGGCAGAUCCCGAUGCAGAAUUCAUCAAGAUCACCGAGGAAUCACUCGAUGAAAACGCUGUUGCUAAGCUCAUGGAAUGGGUCAACACUAUCAUUAGCAUCUCCAAUGGGCGUUUGCAAAUUGAGCUUACUCAUGCAUCCAAAGAUGAUGAGGCUAUUGCAACCAUUCACAUGCGUCAUGCGGCACAGUACCUAGGUAUGGAAAAGUAUGUUGAACACCUCGUAACCCAAUACAAGAGCCACAUUCACGUGCGUAUUCCUACGCUUAAGGAGGGCGAGAUAAUCGAGCGCUUUGCCAGGCAAGGCCAGGAUGACAUGCUUGAGGCGUUGGCUGCGCGACUGGAAUAUCUGCGUCGUACAGGUAGAUCCAAUGCAGGCAUGUUUGAGUAUGGAAAGUUUCUAAAGGAAAACCCAAAGGUCACGAAGGCGAUUAAGGAGAAUAGGCGUAUUGCUUACUCAAAGUACUGCUUCUCUUGCCGAUGGAACGAGAAGAAUUCUCUUUGCGGUCUCUGGUGA